AUGGAUUCCAUAUCUGUAUUUAUAUAUUGAGUUCAGUAUCUAUAUCAAUAGUGGGAAAAAUGCUAGAGCAGAACUACACAGAUAUCCACGCUCUGCUGGUAUCCUGGUUGCAGCACUACAUUAAUGAGACAUGGGUGGUGGGAGCAGCUCCGUAUACACCACCACAUCAUCCACCUGUGCAUCUGAGUGGAGCUCCGGUCCCUGAUAAAGGUCACGGCAUGAUCUACAUCUGUCUGAUGGUGGGACUCUUCAGUUUCUUUACCUUUGGCAUUAUGUUCAGCUAUAUUCGCUCAAAGAAGGUGGAGAACUCACAGGAUCCAUAUCAUCAGUAUAUAGCUAAAGACUGGGCUAGUAUAGCCCCUCCUGUGGUCAUCAGCAACCCAGCUGCCCUCGGACACCUUCCGGGCUACAGUGGAAGAGAGCAGGAGCUGAUUACAGCCCGUGACAGAGUUUGAUGAAAACAUAUUAAAAAAAAAAAAAAAAAAAGUGUCACAGUUGUUCAUUAUGUCAAAAAUAAAUGAAACAAGUUCAGUUUGGUUUUAUAAAUGCCACCGGGUCGUCUUAUUUGCAGGUAUAUGUCUAGAACACAAUGUCCAAACAAACACAGAUUUUGUAGAUCAGUGUGUUAACCCUUUUGCCAUUUGUUAUAAUGAUCAUGUUCAAUUGGCAUUUAUAAGGUCAUGGAAUGUUUGAGAUGUCUAAUCGCAUUUUCCAAGAAUACCUUACAUGCUUGAUCAUGAAUGACUGGCAUGACAACUCCACAGAAACAAAAUAAUUACUGUCCUUCAGAGACUUUGGACAAAAUUCCCUAGAGUCACUUUUUUAUUUAAGGAAUUUGUUAUUAAAAUGAUUUGGAAGUAAAUUCCUUUUUAUUAAGUGAUUUUAGGGCUCUUUGGGACAAAUUAUGCAGUGUCAAAAGGGCAAAGCCUCCUUAUUACUAAUUUACAUUAAUAUUUAUCUGCCAAA